CGAAACGGGAAGUUGUUGGUACACUGCUGCAGAGAAAUGUCCUAGCUGAGCCGAAUGAAUGGACGCCCUGAUGCUGUGAGGUGCCUUUGACCACAUCUGUCCAACAUGAGCUGAAGCCUCCGGCUCUUCGCUCCGCUCCGACGCUCCUGUCCGCACACGUUUCCCGCCGCCGCUGGUCAGGGUACCAUGGCAACGAGGAUGAAGCUGAAGCUGAAGACUGUGUUUGUGCUCUACUUCAUGGUCUCCCUGCUGGGCCUCGUCUAUGCACUGAUGCAGCUCGGCCAGCGCUGUGACUGCACCGACCACGACCUGCCCAAAGACCGAAUCAUAUCCCGGCUGCGGGGGGAGCUGCACCGCCUUCAGGAGCAGAUGAGGAAGUCCGAGGCGACAAAACAACCCCAGAAGCAACCAGCCAAGCCCUCCCCGCCCACCAUCUUUGUCAUCACUCCCACAUAUGCAAGGCUGGUGCAGAAGGCCGAGCUCACCCGUUUGGCCCAGACCUUCCUCCACGUCGCUCAGCUCCACUGGAUCGUGGUGGAGGAUUCGCCGCACAAGACGCCGCUGGUGAGCGAACUCCUGGCGAAGAGUGGCCUCGCCUACACUCACCUCCACAUGCCCACCGCCAAGGACCGCAAACUACAGGAGGGCGACCCCAGCUGGCUGAAGCCUCGCGGAGUCGAGCAGAGAAACGAGGGACUACGGUGGCUGAGAGAGGACAGAAGGGCUCAGCCAGGAGGAGACAACCAGCAGGGAGUGGUUUACUUUGCUGAUGACGACAACACAUACAGCCUGCAGAUAUUUGAGGAGAUGAGGAGCACCCAAAGAGUUUCAGUGUGGCCGGUGGGGCUGGUUGGAGGGAUGAAAUAUGAGAGGCCCGUGGUGGAAGCAGGAAAGGUGGUUCGCUUCCAUACCGGCUGGCGUCCGAGUCGCCCCUUCCCCAUGGACAUGGCCGGCUUCGCUGUGUCCCUCAAGUUGGUCCUGGCCAACCCGGAGGCUUGUUUCGACGGAGAGGCGCCGAUGGGCUUCCUGGAAAGCAGCUUCCUUCAGGGACUGGUGACGAUGGACGAACUGGAACCCAAAGCGGACAACUGCUCCAAAGUGCUGGUGUGGCACACGAGGACAGAGAAACCCAAGAUGAAGAGGGAGGAGGCGCUGCAGGCUCAGGGACUGGGCUCAGACCCUGCUGUGGAGGUCUGAGGAACACACACACACACGUUAACACACACACACACACACAUGGUGUAAAGCUGCUGUUUAAUGCUGCAUAUGUAACUCUGCGUUGUACAUACUGUAAACUAUCUGUUAGAUCAAACAUUUAAAUUUACCUGGUUAUGUCGUGUCGGGUAGUAAAUGUGUGUGUGUGCGUAUAUUGAGUGAGUGUGUGUCGUCACAACUGUGCUGACUGUAUGUUUAUUUUUUUUUUUCAGUUUCAGUAAGUUUGAUGUCUUUGUUUAGCAGUACAGUGGGUGAUGGGUUUAAGUAUGACCUGAAGGGGGCGCCAGUUUAAAGGUUAAUGCUGUUACACUGCUGGUGCGUUUUUUGCUCAAAGCCGGAGGGAGGAGGCGUCUUCUUCCAGACUCUUGUAUCAUUUGUAGGGUUUUACUUGUUUACUCGUGCUCAGUGGAAAUCCCACGAUGUUAACCAUUCCUGCCGGCAGUUAGAUCCUUUUAUGUCACACCGGGUCUGUCUAUGUUCCCUCGGUUUAACCAGUGCAGCCGCGGACGUCUUUGUCUGAAGUUUUGACCAAGAUUCAGUUGCAACAGAGCACUUUAUUCAUGCAUGGCUUCUGUUUUUUGCGUGAUAAGUCUGUAUGGGUGCUUUUAUUUUGAAGUCACACGUCAAAAAUAGUCAUCAGUCAUCAAAGGCAUGAUAAUAAUCUCUAUUCAAACUGUGUAAUACAAAUGUCAAGGUAAUAGUAUUGUGGAGCCAAGGUAGUGCAUAGGUGCAUUUUUUUGACAGUAAAUAUAUUCAUAACAUACACAGCAGCCGCCAAACAGUGAACAAACUAGACUCUAGUUGUUGCCUUGUCUUUAUUCUGCCCUCAUACACCUGUUACAGCCACAGCUAGGACAAUUUAGCAACACCACACUGCAACACAGGCAUGACAAACACAGAGACGUGGUGUUUUCCACACCCACAGUAGCUUUAGUGUUAAAGCUCAGAGCACAAAUGCUGGUUCUCAGUAGUGUCACAGCACACGACAACUAGUCCAAGCCAGCAUUUUGUACGUUUAGUUUUAGUGCUGCUUUUUAAGCCCCGGAUGAGGGAACACUACUGAAGCUCAUAUAAAUUCCUUAUGCAAUAAACAGACGCAGAAACCGCCAUCCAUGUUACAUUUCAACACUUUGGUGAUCAAAACAAAACACUUGAAUUUGCCUUUUACAGGCAGGAAACCCCUGGUACUCCACAGUAGCUGUAUUUCAAAGGUAUAUUUGAGGGAAAAAAACGCUUCAAACACGAACCGUUUGAUUAUCAAAGUAACAUUAAAAGUCGAACAAGUGCUCCUCAGCUACUGUUGUACGACACUGUAAAAACAGCUAGUGCCUGCUUAAGUGUAAUUAGUGCCUGUAAGAAAGUUCUCUACUGGUGUAUCAUGUAUUUAUUACUGUUAUAUUGUUCUUUACAUUGUACGAUGUGAUUAUGUCUGUCCCUGGCCUUGAAAAUAAACUGAGAUAAUGUAA